CAUAGUAAUAGAGUUCUCCAGAAUAAUUUAGAAUCCCAAAAUGCUAUAAUAUAGCUAUCAAAUAUCUAAGAUAAUUGUAGUAGAAUCUAGAAGAAGGUAGCUACUGUACUAAAUGACAAGGUUGGUGGACUAUUCCCGCUAAACAAAUAGCCACUACACAAGAAUGCUCUAGAGCAAGCAAGCAUGUGGCUGAUAAUAUUUGAUAAAGCCCUUUAAUUUUAAAGAAAAAUUUACCAUUUCUAAGGACUUUGCCUCCCCACCAACAAACAAGUGUUAACUUUUAAUAAAUUUAUAUAAAAAAACUAAAACUAAUUAUUUUAAAAACAAAAAACAAAAACCCAACAGCCACAAAAGCUCCCCACCUAGCCACCCGCCCGAUCCUACCCCGCCGGCGGAGACCUCCUCCCCCGUGCCGCCAAUAAAUACUCCUUUCCUCUUUAUUUCUCUCUCUCUCUCUCUCUCUAUCUCUUUUGUCUCUCUCUCUCUGUCUCUAUGUGCCGAUCCAGAUCUGGAUCCCAAGAUCUAUGUGUAAAUGAUGAGUAACAACAACAGCAACUGAUGGUCCAAACAACUAUCACAAGAGAUCAUGUAAUUGAUUCUACAACGAUGAGAUUGACUACGAGACAGACUAUGUUGUUGGGGUUUUGACGAAGAGCAAGAUGGGUGUUAUUCUUGCCGACGGCUUGAAGAUGAGAUUGAUUAUGUUGUUGGGGUUUUGAGUUUGGGGAAGAAAGUGGUAAGAGUGGGAAAAGAAAAGAAAUUGACUACGCUGUUCUCAUGGACCAUGGUCCAUCUGUAAAUUGUUCAUUGUUAGUUAGCUUUAUGAGGUAGUUUAAAUCAAGCUGUGAUUCGCAGCUUCUAAAGUUUAUUGGGAUAAAUUAUAGCUUUCCAACUAUGGCCUUUGCAAUGAUUGAUCUCAUGCCAGCUUUUACCUUCAUUCAUGCUGUCAUCACUGGGUAAAUACUAAAUAUACAAUUACUGUCCCAAAUUGAUGAAUAUAUUUUCUUUUUUUAUGAUAAAUAUGUUUUGGUUUUUAGGAUGGAAAUUCUAGAUUUGAGAAUUACCAGUAGACAUGCGAACAGUGGUGUCAAUCUCAGGGGCAAAGUGCUUCCGGCGAGCAGAGGGAGGUUGCUGUCGGCAGGGUUGGGGUGGCUGACCAGGUUGGGUGGGUAGGGGAGCUUGGUUGAAUUAAUUUAACAGUGGGGGACAGUUAAAAGGGUAUUUUAAGAAUAAUAGUGGAUUGAAAGAUAUAAUUGUGUUUUUUUAAAUUUAUAUAAGAGUGUGUAUUUAGGGAUAGUUUGGAAAGAUAGUGGGAUUUUCUUAGAAAUUGUGAAAAUUUGAAUUAGAAAUUGGGGUGAACAAAGAGAAGUGUUGGGUUUAAAUAGAAAAACUCUCUGUUUGGUUCACAUAACAAAUUUGAGAGGAAAUUAUUUCCCAUAUUAUUUUUCAAGGGAUGGGAAAUAAAAAGUUCCUUUUUCACGUUUGGUAAUACUGGGAAAGUAGAUAUCACUUUAUUUCAUUUUUCAUGUUUGUUUUGAAUAAGAAUGAAAAACGAAGUUUGUAUAAAUUUAAUAUUUGCUUAUUUUUCCAAACUUUCCUAUGAUGGGAGAAAAUAAAACUCAAGUUGUGAGGAUGGCUUCACUUUCUCUCAUACUUUCUCAUGGGUCAGGUAACGAUUUCCCAUACUUGGAUUUACUAAACAUGGGAAAACAAUUGAUUUUCCAUCUCCAAAUCUCUUUUUUCAUGAACCAAAUAGGAUAGAUAAAAUGAAUAAGAAAAUAAGACAAUAUGGUGAAAAUAGUAUCACUAUAUUAGAAAAGACUUUGACCAAUGUGGACGAGUAGGUAUUUCCACAUAAAAAGGGCGUUGGCUUCAUCCUUGCGUUUACCUUAUCUUUUCACACUCAUCCUGCAACGACAACUCCAUCGAACCUCUCGAUUCAUCCUGCAGAGCGCGUUUGCAAGCCAUGGAAGAAACGGAAGAGACGAUCAUGAUGUCAGACAGCUAUGCGGACGGUUUUUUACUAUUCUUGUCAAGAAAACUUGACUGCGCAUCACCAUUACCAUCUCGUAGUUCCAUAUACAGAGUCCCAGAAACACUACGAAGGUACAAUGAAAUGGCCCCAAAUCUGGUUUCAAUUGGGCCAUUUCACCAUGGAAGACCGCGUUUGCAAGCCAUGGAAGAAAUGAAAAUGUGGUAUUUGAAAUGCCUUCUUCGUAAACUAACUCCAGACAACGGUUUGGCGUACCUUAUCAAUAUAAUUAAAAAUCAAGAAAUUUUUUGUCGUGAUUGCUAUGAAGAAAGGGUUCCUCUGGGUAGUGAUGAAUUUGUAGAAAUGAUGCUUGUUGAUGGCUGCUUUAUUAUUGAACUUCUCCGCAAACAGGUCCACCUUUCUCCCGUGGAAGAUGAUGAUGCUAUUUUCAGGACGCCAAGGAUGUUGUCGACAAUUACAAAUGAUUUGUUGCUAGUUGAAAACCAACUCCCUUGGAGGGUUCUUGACUGCUUAUUCGAGGUCACAAGGGUAGAUGAUGAUGACCAUGGGAAUCCAUCUCUACGUGAACUUGCUUGCCACGUCUUUCAGAACCCCGCAUUUCAACAGUCAUUUGAAAGUAUAUCGUCUCUAAACUGCGAAAAAGAAUUCGAAAGUAGCCAUUUACUCGAGACUGUAAGAAAUUUUGUGGUUCAACCAUGGGUGGAAGAUUGGGAGGAUAUGGAAUAUCGAACUCCGAUUCCUUCCGUGUCAGAGCUUCUAGAAAUAGGAGUCAAAUUUGUGGCUGCCUCAUCCAAUGGUCAGCUCCACAUUACCUUUAGAAAUGGAGUGAUGGAGAUUCCACCAAUAAUAAUUCGAGAGGAUACAGAAAGUUUCAUCAGAAACCUCAUAGCCUACGAACAAUGUUUACAGAAGCCCGAGCAGUGUCAGGUGACCUCUUAUGCCAUCCUGUUCAGCCAACUUAUUGAGUCUGUACAAGAUGUGGACUUUCUGAUUCAGAGAAAAUUAUAACUACAGAGUUGAGCAAGGUGAGCACAGCCUCUUUCUUCAAAAGGCUUUCCAAAGGCACUGAAGCCGUGUUCUUCUUUUACAGUAACCUCGCAAAGGCAGUAGAUGUAUAUAUUAAGCGUCGCUGGCUAAAGACUUGGCUAAUAAGGGUCAAGCGGAAUUAUUUAUACAAUCCGUCAUCAUUCUGGUCUGUUUCUAAUGGAGUGGCCGUUAUUCUCAUCCUUACCUUAACGCAGACCAUAUAUACUGUUCUCUCCUACUACAAGUAGCCAACCCUACCACCGGAACCUAUUCUCCUUUUGCUUUUUCUUUCGUUUUUUUUGUUUGUUUUUGUUUCCUUCAAUGUCUCGCUUGCAAGUUUGGGAAAUAAUAUGAACUGCGACUAUUGUUUGUUUCAGCACAUGUUUAGUUUUUGUAUUUGUUUAUGUUCCAAGUCAAAGCCAAUGGUUUUCAUUACAACUACAAGGCUUCGUUUAUGUGAAUAAUUCGCUGUAAUAAGUUUUUCAUAUUUUAAUUGGUAUUAGAACUUUCAUGCCA